GAAUUUUAACUGGAGUGGCAACACUCGGAACGAUUUAAUUCGCUGUUGUGAAAUAGAAUUUGUUUUAGUCUUGUUAUAAUUAAUUACACUGUGGUUUAUUAAGCUUAAGACAAGAUGAGCGAAAACGAGUCCGAGUGUACAUCUCCUGGUAAACGAAAGUUAUCCGAAGAUGAGGAUAAGACAUGUGUCGAUGGAACAAAUAAACGAAGAAAGUCAGAGGAUGCGGAACCGUCGACAUCUGUUGACAAUGUUGUGGUGAAAACGGAAAAAGUGGAUGAAGAAGAAGCUUCAAGCGAAGCAGAACAUAGUAGUAACAAAAUUCCAGUUGCAAUAAAAACUGAACCAGUCGAAGAGAGUGCAUCACCUGCUAUCGAUAGCAGUUCUUCUGCCCCAGAGCCCAGCACAAGUUCAAAUGCUCCGCCCGUUGUUGCUGCUGCUAAAACGGAGCCAACCAACGAUGUAGCAGCGGCUGUUGUAAAGACGGAGCCAACAACCAACGCCAGAUCACCAACACCACCGGCGGCUGAUUCCUCGGUCUCGUCGAGCACCUUUCGACCAUCGUGUCGUUUUGGCAUACGAUGUUACAGACGAAAUCCGGCACAUCGAAGUGCAGAAGCACAUCCUGGUGACUCGGAUUAUCGCCGACCAAGUUUUCCAACUCCCCCACUUGGUACACCUGUCUGUCCUUUCGGGAACUCAUGCUACCGACGGAAUCCAGUACAUUUUCAACAGUAUUCCCAUCCACCAGAUUUCAAUUCUGCCCAGAACAUUCGGAGCCGGUUACGCCAGCGACGUGCCCAGACGCAAAAUCCCAAUGCAAGGGGAGCUCAAUAUUCAGACUUCGAAUCUGAGGAUGACGAGGAGGAUCCCUUUCACGAUGAAGCUGGCUCCGAUUUAGAUUAUAGACCUGGAGCCCCAGAAGAUGACGACGAUGAGGAAGAGGACGACCUAGAAUUUAAUAGCGAGCGUCAGAAUUGCGACGAGUUUGAUUAAGUCGAACGAUUCCAGUAGGAAAAUGUAAAUAUAUUGUACAAAAAAAUACAUAAAAAUAUAUUUUUCA